AUGUCUAUUAUUAAUAAGAUAUUAACUUUUUCAACUUUAGCUGUAUAUGGUCCAACUUUAUUAUAUACACCCUAUGGGCUUUAUAUUUUAUCUGAAAUACCACUUGCAAUAAGUGAUAAAAAAACGGAAUAUUGGCAUAUAGGAUGUUGGCUUUCGGCGGCAUCUUUACCAUUCUACAUGGGAUCAUCAUUUGCUAAAACAUUCCUCUAUGGAUUCAAUUAUAAAACAGCAGGUAAACCUUUCAUACCACUGACGGUAUAUGCUGCUUUUCUUGGUAUUGGAAAGUUAACAGUCGAAUAUAGAAAGAGACCGAGAUAUGUACAAGAUAAUAAAAUAAGAAUAUAA